GGGGGGAAGCCUAUUUAAGUAUUGUAGCUAAAGAAAUGCUAGUCGGGUUUUCAUUUCGCAGAAGAAAGUCUGAGCAUCAGUUUUGAUUUUUUAUGAUUAUGUGCCAUCAAGUUGGUGUCAAUACUUAGCAGACACAAAUAUAGAUUUUUCUCCAUCGAGAUCUAUCUCUAACCUUGGGUUUCAUGUCUGCCAGCCCCACUCCCUCAAGUCCUGCUGUGCUGCCUCAUGUUGGGUGCGGGGUGGGGGGAGGAAAAAAGGGUAUUCCUAGGAGGAAUGAGUGGGGUGGAGGUGUAUGCCAGGGGUAUAUAUUCCCAGCAGGGUCACCCAAAGUAUGAAGGUCAUCCCAGCUGCCCACUAAAGCAACCGGGCAUCUACUGUGUUUUGGGCAGCAGCGAUAUAGGAAGAUGCAGGAAAUGGAUUAUUACUUUAGGGACAACAGCAAAUGCAGCAAUUUAUACUGCACAGGAGAAGGCAGAAAUUCCUAUAUUUUUUACCAAGACAACUGCACGAAUAGAAAAUAGUAAAUGAUUGACAAUAUAAUGCCAGAUGAUGGCCAUCUCAGGUUGGAUAGCAUUCAACGUGUUCCUGAGGAAAAGCUCUUGGUUAAAACAUUCUUAAGGAUGGUGGUAGGAUUGCAUGUGGGAUGACUCAUAAAAUAAAAGUUAGAUUGUAUUAGUUCAAUCUGACUCCCUUUAUGUAUCAAUAUGAAAGUCUGUUUCUGUUAACAUUCAUUAGCAAAAAUAUGGAAAACUCCAGAAAAUCUCAAAUGGAGCAAUUAUGGGACUUGAAGUCCAAAUUAUGAGAUAGUUACGUGAGAAUCAGUGUGAUGGAGCAGUUCAGGUGCUGAACCGGGAGUGAGGAAAACCAGUUCUAAUCUUCUAAUCUUCCCUUAAGACAAUUAUUCUCUCACUCAGCCCUAGACUGGGAAAAAAAAUUUUUUUAAAUUACCAACCCAUACUGGACCAGUGUGGCAGCUUAUGAUCUAUAAUUAUCAGCUUGGAAAUGUCCCUGGCACGGCUUGGAAAAGUGGUUCCCAAAUCAAGCAUCUUGUUCCUGUGUGACAUGCAAGAGAAAUUCCGCCCCAACAUCAGCUACUUUCCUCAGAUUGUAUCUGUGGCAGCUCGGAUGCUGAAGGUUGCCAAAGCUCUUGAAAUAUGCACUGUGGUCACUGAGCAAUACCCCAAAGGUUUGGGUCCAACAGUACCGGAGCUGGGAGCUGAAGAAUUGCCCAAAUACACCAAAACAUGCUUCAGCAUGCUUAUCCCAGAGGUGGAAAAAGAGAUGGCAUCUGUUCCCAACUUGAAAUCUAUACUUCUCUGUGGGAUCGAGACACAGGCUUGCAUCAUGAGUACUGCCUUGGAUGCCAUGGAGCGAGGCCUGGACGUUCACAUCGUGGUGGAUGCUUGCUCUUCUCGCAGCCAAGUGGACAGGAUCAUAGCUCUGUCCAGACUGCGUCAGAGUGGGGCCUUCCUAACCACUAGCGAGGGACUUAUCCUGCAGCUUGUCCGGGAUUCAGCCCACCCGCGUUUCCGAGAGAUUCAGAAAUUGAUUAUGGAUCCUGCCCCUGACAGUGGCCUUCUGCCCCUCAUAAAAAUGCCAAAUCCUCUUUUCGGUUAGCCCAGCUGCUUCAAGGAUGAUCUUCUACUAAAGCACCUUCAGUGGUUUCAUCUGAUGUCCUUGUCCUUCUCAAUGGGAAGGAACGAAAUCAAGAUUCUUCAAGCUGACUUUAAAGAGGAAGAUGAAUUAUAAACCAAACCAAGAAGCUGCAUCAGAACUGUGAUCUUUCUAUAGUUAUGCAAUGAGAUGGUUGAAAGAAGGACUGGUAAUAUUUUGACCUGGUCUUUUUUGAUUAAGAAACAUCAAUUCUGCCUCCUUAGCUCAUGAUGUGAAUCUUAGUAAUGUGUACAAAUAUAUAUUUAAUUUGCACAUUUUAUUGUGACAGUUCUCUUGUGAGGGUGUAUAAAUAAUAUCUGGAAUUGUUUUACA